AUGGCAGAACAGUCCUUUUCCGGAACCACCGCCGCCCCCGAAUUCCCCGCUGGCCUGGAGUGGGUAAACACCGAACGCCCGCUCUCCAUGAAAGACUUGGCAGGGAAGUUGCGGAAACUGGAGAACAAGUUCCGGAACGAGCUGGUCGUGGUGGGCGUCCACGCCGCCAAGUUCCCCAAUGAGAAGGAAACGGUUAACCUUCAAAACGCGGUCAGACGCUUCGACUUGGGCCACCCGGUGAUCAACGACGUGGAUAUGACGGUGGCCCGAGCCUAUAAUUUCCGGGCGUGGCCCACCCUUUGGUUCGUCGACCCGGAAGGCAAGCUCAUCGGUAAACACGAAGGGGAGUUGGACUACGACUCCUUCGAGAAUCUGAUGGGCCGGAUGGUCGCUGAUUUCGACGCCAAGGGUUUGCUGAAGCGCUCACCCCCGCCCGGCGGUCCUGACCCGGAACCCGCCCGCAGCCUUUCCUUCCCCGGUAAAAUCCUGGCCGAUGCCGCCUCAAACCGCCUCUUCAUAGCCGACACCAACCAUAACCGGAUCUUGGUGACCGGGUUGGACGGUCGGGUGCAGCAAAUCAUCGGCUCAGGCGAGGAAAGCCUGGCCGACGGCGCUGCAGAAUCGGCCGCCUUCAAUCAUCCACAGGGGAUGGCCCUUGCGGGCGAUUCUCUUUACGUCGCGGACGCUGAAAACCACGCAUUGCGGCAGGUGGACCUGUCAUCAGGCCGGGUUGUAACCAUUGCCGGCACCGGCGAGCAGGGGCACAUGCGGGAAGGCCGCGGGCCCGGGCUGACCAUCGCCUUGAACUCCCCUUGGGACCUGGUUCACGAUGACGGCCGGUUAUACAUUGCCAUGGCUGGGUCUCACCAACUGUGGUCCAUGAGCCUGGAUGACAACGAGAUCGGCCCGUACGCCGGCAGCGGCGCGGAAUCGAUUUCGGAUGGCCCUAUGGGUUCGGCCACCCUGGCUCAGCCGAGUGGGAUCACCGCAGGCGGGGGGAAGUUGUACUUCGCCGACAGCGAGACUAGCUCGGUCCGCUCCGCCGACCUCACGCCAACGGGCCGGGUGCAGACCAUCGUGGGGCUGGACCUGUUCGUGUUUGGCGACCAUGACGGGACCGACCACAACGUCCGUCUGCAACACCCCAUCGGCAUCGCCUACCAUGACGGCGGCCUGUUGGUGGCCGAUACCUACAAUCACAAAGUCAAGAAAGUCCUGCCGCAGACUCGCAGUUCGUUUACGUUCCUGGGGACCGGCCGUGCCGGUUUCGAGGAUGGGCCGGGAAAUCAGGCCCAGUUUUCCGAGCCUUGCGGCCUGAGCGUAGCCCACGGCAAGCUGUAUAUCGCCGACACCAAUAACCACGCGAUUAGGAUUGCGGACCUGGAAUCCGGCGAUGUAUCUACGCUGGAGAUUACCGGCCUUUAG